AGUAGUUCACAGGAGAUGCUUACUCCAGCUGCUGGCUGCUGUCCUGCUCUAUUCGAAUGAAGGAGAGAUUUAAACCAGCGGAAACCCGAGAAAUGUCUGGAAAUCUCACCUGCCAGGACAUCAACCUGAACUUUACGCACAGCGUUCUGCCGCCCGUCUUCAUCACUGUGUUCGUCGUCGGGACGCUGUCCAACAUCUGGGGACUGAGAAGCGUGUGCACCAGCUGGAACAACAUCGGAAACAUCAACAUCUUCAUGCUCAACCUGGGGGUGGCGGACCUGCUGUACCUGUUCACUUUGCCGUUUCUUGUGCACUAUUACGCGCGGAACAGCGAUUGGCCGUUCGGCCAGAUUUUCUGCAAGGUGACGCGCUUCUGCUUCAACCUCAACCUGUACGGCAGCAUCGGCUUCCUCACCUGCAUCAGCAUCUACAGGUACCUGGGUAUCGUGCAUCCCAUGAGAGUGAUGGGGAAAAUCACCAGCCGACACUCCUUGAGCAUAAGCGCCCUGGUCUGGCUUUUGGUAAUCAUUCAGAUCCUCCCUGAUAUGUUCUUUGAGAAGACUAAUAAAAACUCCACAAGCUCCUGUUUCGACACCACCUCUAACGACAGAAUCAAAGACUACCUGCCGUACAGCAUCGGCUGGACUGUCACAGGAUUUGUCGUGCCGCUGGUUAUCAUUUUGGUUUGUUAUGGACACGUUGUUGUGGUUCUUACCAAAAAAGCCAACGUCAACCCUCUGCUGAAGCAGCGCUGUUUGAAACUUGUUGUGAUUCUGGUGAUACUGUUCUCCAUCUGUUUUAUCCCCUACCACGUUCUUCGAAAUGUUAAUCUGAAAACCCGGAUUCUGAAACAAAGCGGGAUUUGCUAUGACAGUUUCCGUGACAUCUACAUUGCACACCAGGUUGGCAGGUGCCUUGCAUGCCUGAACAGCGCGUUAAACCCGCUCAUUUACAUAGUUGGAAACGAUGAUUUCCUCAUGAAGCUUCACCACUUCAGCAAGCGAGUCCGCCAUUCCCUGGGCGACCUCAAAGGCGCAGUCCUUUACCGCAAACCGGUGGAAGCGGACACGGAUCCGUCAGAGUCAUGUCAGCUCCGACCUGAUUAACAGAUAAGACGCACCUGGGUCACCAGAGGGACAAGUAUUGCGGCCGAGUCCCUGCAUAUCAUGCACCGCCAGAACUUCCGCUUUUCCGGGAGCGAAUGUCUGGUAUUAAGUCUCUUAUUAAGCAAUGUCAUAAGUCAUCAGGCUUCACAGACCUGUAGUUACCUCUCAACUGUACAGAGCAGGAGCAGUCCACUCCUUGUAUUGUGCUUAAGCAUUGCCAGGGAAUCGUUUCUGAUUUGCAGUAUAUUGCACUGCCAUUUUAUAUAUUUAGCAAUGCUUUGUAUUUUUCAUGUGGCUGAGACUCAGGCUUUGAAUGGAAGCACUUAUUUCAUUUAUGUGUCAGAGUGGCCAGUCCACAGUCAUAUAACUGACAAGUAUUAGUACUGGAUCCACAGUGUGAAGGAGAGUUUAAAGAAACAGUUCAAACUGCAGUAAAGAUACAAAUACCACAGUGUAAAAACUGUCAUUAUUCCUGUAUCAAAACUUUUACUUAAAUAAAAGUGCAUGCAUAUCAUCAGCAAAAAUAUUCAUUAUGUAAAAUGAAUCAUAUUAUUACAUAGGGUAUUGCUGGAUCAUUGUUUCUGAUUAAUUUACAUCUAAGGUGGAACUAUUACUACUUUAUUUCUUAUCCUUUGUUACCUACAGUUAUCUUGUUCAUCUUGUUCAGGACAACCAAGACUAAUUUAUACACAGUGCUACAAAUUCUAAAGAACCAAAAAAGGAAAUUGUGACAAAAAUUUGAAAGUUGCAAAACCCCACCAAAACUGCUGGGUUAGAAGUUAUAGCAAUGAUUUGAAGACAUUUUGCAACAAGCGGAGCUAUACGUUAUACGUAACAGUUUCAGGAAGGGUGGGCCAACCACAAUGCGGGCGAGUAUCCAGGUGUAAGGUCAGUUUUACAGAGUUUACCCACUUAAUAUCUUUGUAACUGUACUUAGUCAGCGCCUGCAGCAUUAUAUUUUGUAGCAGCCAUUGAACUGUAUAGUCUGUCUAACUCCAGGUAGCGAGACAGUCACAUUGUGUGUGAAAGAUUAAUGUCUCAUACUGUUUUGACUCACUGGAUCAGUGUGAGAAAAGGUCUGAUGUCAUCUGUUGUUCUUUGGACCUGCAACAUUAAUGAAGCAAAGCAUCCUGUCCUCAGUUCUAAUGAAACAAUGCAAUGAAGCAGGAAGACAAGGCCAGAUCCAUGGAGCUGGUUGAGAUCUAUGCCCUGUGAGGAUUUCACUGAAUGACUUAUUAGAUCUGUGACCUGCCCUGCCCGGACAGCUGACAUGGAAGUUCCAGGCUUAAUAGGAAUAACGACUGAUUCUGGCUUCCUGAGCAGACCAGGAUUGUGCUAUAAACAAGAACAUGUAACACAGUAAGGGUAUACUUUCUAUGUUCAACAUUCCCCAGGCUCAUUGAGGAGUACACAAAAGCAAGAAGUGCUCUCUGGUUGGACUGAAUGCAGCCAUGAAGUACUUCUUGAUUUUGCACAAAUUUGCACAACCCUUCCGCACCAAAUUAUUGUGUGAACAAUGUUGGUCUAAGGGUGUGAUGUCAUGUCUGAUACAAGGCAUAAACACAGGAACUCAGGCACUUUGCAAUAUGAGGUGUCAUUCUUCCUUCAUUCAUUUAAACAGUUCUUACUCCCUCUAUGUGGUUCAGACACACUGAACAUUCUAGUCUUGUCCAACAAUCUCAAAGCCAAAGGGUUUAGGACAGCUCUUUCCAUCCAUAUGUGCCUUUGUGGUGCCUGAGCAGGAUCCCAACACAAAUGUGUGUUGUCUCUGCAGAUAAAUAUUAACAUCUCACGAUUUUCCCUCCCACUCAUUCUCUGAUUUUGUAAACACAGCCUAGUAAGAAAAACACAAAGAGGCUUGAUGAAUGUGCCGAAGCACUUAGAGGAAACACCAGGACCAGCUACAUCCAGAGACUAUACAGUAACACCAGUCUGUCAGAGUUUUGGAAAAUCAAAUAUAUCAUUGCUCUUUGAACUUGAUUCAGCGCAUACUGCUGCUGCACUGUUCCUGCCUUUUGGAAGUUUAAAGAAUCUCAAAUUCAGACUGUAUUGCCAUUUUUUUUCUCUUUAUUUAUUCACAUUAGCCACUUCAUUGCUUUUGUGAAAUGCUUUGUUGCUAAUAUUUAAUUCAUAUUUCCCUGGAAUGAUCUGUGACCAUGGAAAAAAAAUAAAAUACUUUUCACCAGACUCUUCCUUGCCCUUUCAAAGAUGCUUACUAACUCAUUAAAUUCAUAAAUUCAUAAUUCAUUGAAAUAAGUACACUGUAAAUAAUUACCACAAUUUCACAAUAUUCAGCUGUAAAAUUUCACACUAAAUUGCCAUAUUUUUACUUUACAGGAUUUAACUGUAAU